AUGGAGUUGCUUGAAAAGGACAUUCUUGGCAAGGUGAAGGCAUAUGUCUAUGUGGUGGAGUUCCAGAAGAGGGGCCUACCGCACGCCCACUUCCUGCUCAUCAUGCUGGGGCGGUACAAGCUCACAUGUCCCGAGCAGUAUGAUUGUCUCAUCUCAGCCGAGCUCCCGGAGAAGCAUAAGUAUCCAGAGCUGUACAAGAUGGUUGUAAAGCAUAUGAUGCAUGGCCCUUGCGGUGUGCUAAACCGCGAUUGCCUGUGCACAAAGGACCGUCCGUCAUGCAAGAAUCAUUAUCUGCGUCCUUUCAACGCGACUACCUUACAAGGCAAGGACUCCUACCCGGUGUAUCGGAGAUGUGAAGAUGGCCGCUGUGCGAUGGUUCGAAAACACCUGCUGGAUAACAGGUGGGUCGUCCCUUACAACCCUUACCUUCUGCGGCUGUUCAACUGCCACAUUAAUGUUGAGGCGUGCUCGAGCAUAAAGGCCGUUAAAUACUUAUUCAAGUACAUAUACAAGGGCCACGAUCGGGCCUCUGUGACUGUGACCGAGGCUGACAAGGCAGACAUCAAUGGCAACAUCGAUGAGAUCAGGCAGUAUAGAGACGCGAGGUGGGUGACCCCUCCGGAAGCCUUGUGGAGGAUAUACGGUUUUGAAUUGAGCAAGAACUCGCCACCUGUGAUGCAGCUGCAACUUCAUCUCCCAAACAUGCACAUGGUUUCGUUUCAAGAGGGCCAAGAUAUCCGGCAAGUGGUAAACCGUGAAGGUGCUGAGAAGUCAAUGCUGACAGAGUACUUUGAGGUUGGUAGAAUCGUGUCAGCUCAUCCGACGGAGGGGGAACGCUACUAUCUCCGGGUUCUCCUAAACCACGUGUCUGGUGCCAUCUCCUACGAUGACCUAAGGAUGGUUGACGGCGAGAUCCUACCAACCUUUCGUGAAGCUGCAGAGAGAAGGGGCCUGAUCGAAGCAGACAACACACUGGACGAGUGCCUUACGGAAGCCGAGUUGUUCCAGAUGCCACCAUCGCUCCGAAGGCUCUUUGCAACAAUACUGAUGGUUUUGAUAGAUAUCGGGAAUAUGCUACAGUCAAUAAGGAAGGACAUAAGGUCAUUCCCUCUUCCCGAGAUCGAUGAGUCACAUGACACGGCCAACGGUGUGCCCAGGGAGAUCUUCGAGGAGUCCACCAUCGAGCUCAACGUUGAGGACGCAACUCUGUCGGACUCCCUCAACACCAAGCAGAGGGCCGCCUACGAUGAGAUUCUAUCUGCUGUUGAUAGCGACGAGGGCGGCGUGUUCUUUGUGGAUGGACCUGGAGGCACCGGGAAGACUUUUCUGUACAAGGCGUUGCUCGCAACAAUACGUGGGCAGAAUAAGAUUGUUGUGGCAACAGCUACGUCCGGUGUUGCAGCUUCCAUAAUGCCUGGAGGAAGAACUGCGCACUCGCGCUUCAAGAUACCGCUGAGUAUUGACGAUGGUGUGUUCUGUAGCUUCACAAAACAGAGUGGGAUUGCCAAGCUUCUACGGACGGCUUGUCUCAUUAUUUGGGACGAGGCUUCCAUCAAAGAGACAGGUGGUGGAGGCUUUGGACAACAGCAUGCGUGA